AAAAAUGUACGAAUAAUUCGGGUUUUUGAGGGAUAUUUUGUUUUAUUCGCGAGAAUUCUAGCCUUUUUAAAAAGUGAGCUCAACGGCUUCUUUUCUCCAAAGGCCCAAAUAGAGGAAAAACCUUUCGCCGACUUCUUCCCAAUUUAUCCUCCGUUCCUCCGCCGGAGCUUUGAUUACGGUAUUAAGCCCGCCGGCCAGGGGCCUUGCCCCUGGAAGCCUCUCCCCGCCGCACGAGCCCUCCGCUCGUCGCCACCGCCACCUCCGAGAACUUCGCCGCUUAUCGAUCUCACGAGUUGCGACCUCCGUCUGAAAAUUCUGCCGCGUCGUCGCCGGCCUCGUUCUUGGAGGCUAAUCUGAAAAGCCGGGAUGUCAGUACUUUUGUUCCAUUAGUAGUUGGAAAUCUCUACCUUCGCUAAAGUGCCAGCUUUGGAAAAUCCAUGGAAACUCAAACCUGCAACCUGUUCCUGAUCACUUCCUUAAGGGUCUGUUUGGUAAAUCCUGGUGGAUCUGGCAUGAUGUGACAAUAUAGGCUGGAGAGAGCAUGAGAGGGAAAGGCAGAGAGCAUGAGAAGGAAAGGGAGAGUGCGGGGAGGCUGUGGGUCCUAAGCCCAGCUGGAUUUUGCCAAACAGGCCCUAGGUGUUUUCAGAAUACCUGCUUUCUGGACCAGCAGUCUGCACUCACAUCUGCUCCUGAUUUUGGCAACUAAGAUUCUUGCUGUUGUUUAUGCAAGAUUCCAACUUGCCUGGUAGGUUUGAUCCGGAAAAGGCAAAGAACGGACAUCUAGCCAUGUUAACUGAAACGAAUGAUUCCCUCUUCACAGCUGCCUCAGUCGACUCAUCUUACUCCAUGAUUGACCAUGAUCCAUUGGAAGAAGAUGACGAUUGGGUGGUAGUUAAAAAGCAAAGAAUCACCAUUCUGAUUCCUCCUCCAUCACCUGAACAGCCUCAAACUGAAAUUCCAGAGAGUAACCACAUCCAAACAAAGUCAAGGAGAAAUGUUAGGAGAAGCUCAAAUAUUCAAAAGAGAAGGCAUCAGAAGCCAUCCAAAGAUGGAUCCAAGAAACCUGCUGUCAUCCCUUUGGACAACAAAGUUUCAGUUGAUGAUCAGCCCAAGAAUGCUGCUGUAACCCCUUCUGACAAGAGAAUUCAGAGUGCUUGCAUCAGAAUGAAACCUCGAAAAUCUGUUCACAACCUUAUUGCUCCACUUGAAAAUCGAAUGCUGGUUAAUGGUUCUGGUCAUAUUUCUGGAACGCCAUUGUUGCAUCAGCUGUCGUUAGUUCGUUUUCCUGAUGGAAAUGUUGCAGUCCCCAAGAAGACAAGAAUAAUUAGACGCUCAAGAACAAUUGGAGGUGCCCCUAGGCUGCCAGUUGGUGCAUUAAGGGUUGUGAAUCAGCGAAUGCGAGCAUUGAACCUUGAGAGGGAGCUCAAAGGAUUUGGUGGGCUGAGAAACUGGCUGGUGUCUCAAGGUCUUGAUCGAUUCAUAAGAAUUUUUGAAAGGGAAAAGCUGGGCGUAUAUCAGUUAGUCAAUCUCACAAUGAGCAAGCUCAAAGACAUGGGAGCUGAUGCAGUUGGACCAAGAAGGAAGCUGAUUCAUGCUCUUGACCGUCUCUGCCAGCCUUACUAUUUCAAGGCCUUGUAAUGAUACAUAUGAAUUAGAAAAGCAAACAUUCACCAAUUCACCAUUUCUUUUCAACUUGUUUUCGGCAUUGUUUAAAAAUAAAGCUUCAUAAUUUGAGGUUCCAAGAUCAAGGUAUCUGGCCCGGGCUUAAUGACAUGAAUCACUCCAGUAUCAGCUCAUCAUUGUUAGUAGAUCAGUUUCUUAAAAAGCAGCAUAAAAUCGUUAUUACAUCAGUUUCUUAAACAGCAGCAUAAAGUUUGACAGACUCUUGGGGCUUGAGCCACUGGAUAUCUGAUAGGGUGAUCCUUUAACCCUUUUUUUGAAUGUUUAACCACUGUGAUAUAAUGUUAUAAAAUUUCUCUUUU